AUGGAGAUAGAACUUUUUCUAAGAGAGAUCUUGAGACAGGAUAGAUUCGGCCACACGAGCAGCGGGGGUUCCCACGUAUUGAAGCUCUUAGAAAAGGUGAAAAAUGAUGGCAAGGAGGAACUUGUUUGUGAGUUUUGCAAGGAACCGAUCGUACCGUAUCCCGCUUUCAAAUGCAGUGUCUGCCGAUUCCUCUGUCAUGUAUCAUGCUUGGGAAGUACUCGGCUCUACGAGUCAACAUUUUUUUUUCAUUUCGGUCGCAGGCAUGAGCAGUUGAUUAUCACAGAAGAGUUAAAGAAUGAUGGCGAGGGAGUUGUUUGCAUGGUGUGCAAGGAGAAAGUAGAGGGUCCCGGAUACAAAUGCUCUGCAGAUGAAUGCAACUUCCAGCUUCACAAAUCAUGCGCCCAGCUGCCCCGCGAGAUGCACCACCCCUCGCACCCAAACCACAUCCUUAUUCUUCAGCGGCCAAGUUCACAUCCCAGUAAUUGUAAUGCUUGUGGUAAAAGCUGCGGUAGAAGCAUCUUUUACCAUUGCGAGGAGUGCGAUUUUGUAAUUGACACCACAUGUGCUUUCCGCACGCAAGUUAAUAAUACCGACAAUUGCCAACAUGCAUUCGUCCCGUUCUUUAGGCAGAUACACUUCACUUGUGAUGCCUGUGGUCGGGAAGGCACGGACUUCGCCUCCUUUUGUACCAUAUGUCGACUCUUGAUUCACUCUAGAUGUGCUGGAUUUCCACGCACCGUGAUAAUUUCAAGACACAAUCAUACCCUCACUCUUACAUAUUCCCUUCAUCAUCAAGUCAAGGAUUUUAACAAUGUAUUUUGUAAAUUAUGUGAUCAAAAGGUGAAGACAAAGUAUGCAGCUUUGUCUUGUCAGGAAUGUGAUUUUGUGGCACAUAUGUACUGUGCAAAGGCAUAUAGACGCGAGUCACUGUCUGAGAAAUCUGUUGAUGAAUGUGAUUUUGUGGCACAUAUGUACUGUGCAAAGGCAUAUAGACGCGAGUCACUGUCUGAGAAAUCUGUUGAUGUUAUGGAGAAGAUCAUCAACCCAGGUGAGAUACAACAUUUUAGUCAUCCACAUAAUUUAAUUCUUAGCCCUGAGGAAGUCCUGCAUGAUAAGCUGUGUGAUGGUUGCAUGCAUUUUAUAUUCUCGGCCCCAUUCUAUAACUGUAUGGAAUGCAACUUCUUUCUUCAUACUACAUGUGCUCACCUACCAAAAGCCAAGAAACACAUACUUCAUCAACACACGCUCACCCUCCUCCCAAAUGCGCCUUAUUUAGGUGGACUUUUCUUUUGUAAUGCUUGUGGCGAUAAUCAUCAUGGCUUCACCUAUAGAUGUAACACGUGUGAGUAUGAUCUUGACGUUCAAUGUUGUUUAGUUCCAGAAACCCUGAAACAUGAUGGCCACCAACACUCACUCUUCCUUCCUGCAAGUUCUAAUAAAAAUUGCAGUGCUUGUGAUAACGAUAAUGAGCAACCCAAGGUUGGGGUAUUUGAAUGCACUGCUUGUGAUUUCACCUUGGGUUUUGAAUGUGCAACACUUCUACUCGUAGCUAGGCACAAAUAUGACGAACAUCUCCUUGCACUCACCUAUGUUGCUGAAGAAGAUUCCAAAGAAUAUUAUUGUCUAAUUUGCGAAAAAGAAAGGGAUCCAAAGUAUUGGUUUUAUUAUUGUGCAAAAUGUGACUUUCCGGCUCAUCCUCAAUGUGUUCUAGGGAAAUAUCCAUACAUCAAAUUUGGACAAACUUUCGAAAGUUCAUAUCACCAGCACCCUUUCACUUUUGUUCAAACGACUAAGUACUCCCCUCCUUGUGAUGCAUGUGGCAAUAUUAUCGAUAUCAUGGCCCUAGAAUGCACUCAAUGCAAAUUCAACGUCCACUACUCGGAUCAAUGUUUGGAAAAAGUGAGUAAUAAAGUGCUACAUCCGUAA